GCAGCCACAACAGCUGUGUCUGUGUCCGCGUGCCUGGGGCGAUGUAUAGGAGUGAUGCUCGCUCUUCUGAGUCACACGCUGCAUCGGUGAAACGUCCCUGCUUGUUUACAUCACCUCAUCCACUCCCUCCUCGCUCGCUGUGCGCGGCUUCGCGUGGUUCCUGGAAGUAAGACAGCGCCGCGGCGAAGCAGGAUAAGCGAGCAGUCGCCGGCGAUCACCUGGCCAAACCUGCCCGAGCCUCUCCGCAAGCAAGACGGCCAGCAGCGGCAGAAGCUGCAAAGCAGGCCCAGCAAAGCCGGGCAAGCAGCCAACAGCAGCCGACCAGUUAGCCCGGCAAGUGGCGCCGCCUGACAGGACGCGAUCGAAGCGGACGGCGUCGUCGACCCUCUCUCUCCGAGUGCGUUACUCCUGGGGGGGAGGCCAUUCUCCCGGUGACCAGCUGAUUGGGCGGUGGGGCUCAGCGCGCACGGCGGUUGGCCGAAGCCGCACCACGUGACGGGAGAGCGCGCGCGCCAUUGGGCGUUGGCAGGGGGCGCUAGUGACGUGGCCCCCCUAGCAACAGGGGCCAGCCACAGCGGCAGCCGGGGAUAAUGGUGGCCCAGUGCAGCGCAGCCGAAGUGGCCGAUCGUCCAUGUCCGCGCUAGGCCUGGGUCUCUUGUUCGGCGGCGCGGCGGUGGUGGAGCGGGCGGCGGCGGCGUCGGCUGGCGGCCGCGACGUCGAGCGGCGGUUAUGAGUUCCCGGGAGUGCCCCGCGAUGCCCCUGUCGCGGACGCGGUCCCUGAUCGCCAACAUGAACGGCUCGGCGCCCUCGUCGGAGGCCGGCUACAUCGAGAAAAACGCCGCCAACAACAACAACAACUCGUCGGCGCUCGGCGGCGGCGGCAACGGGUCCAGCCUGCUGCUGCCGCCCAUCAAGAGCCAGACCAUCGCGGGCUUCAAGUUCCAGUCGAGCGUGCACAAGCUCUUCGACGUGGACCAGAACGGCGACUCGCCCGACAACAAGGCGGGUGUCGGAGGCGGCGGCGGCGCGGGCAAAACACUGGUGGCCACGCCGGAGCAGGUGAUGAAGAUGUACAUGCACAAGCUGAGCCCGUACGAGCACCACGAGAUCUUCAACUACCCGCAGAUCUACUUCAUCGGCGCCAACGCCAAGAAGCGCCAGGGUACGCCGGGCACGCCGAACAACUGCGGCUACGACGACGACCAGGGUUCGUACCUUCACGUGCCGCACGACCACAUCGCGUACCGCUUCGAGAUGCUCAAGGUGAUCGGCAAGGGCUCCUUCGGCCAAGUGAUCAAGGCGUACGACCACAAGCAGCACCAGCACGUCGCGCUCAAGAUGGUCCGCAACGAGAAGCGGUUCCACCGGCAGGCGCAGGAGGAGAUCCGCAUCCUGGACUUCUUGCGCCGCCAGGACCGCGACAACACGUUCAACCUGAUCCACAUGCUGGAGCACUUCACCUUCCGCAACCACACGUGCAUCACCUUCGAGCUGCUCUCCAUCAACCUGUACGAGCUGAUCAAGAAGAACAAGUUCCAGGGCUUCUCCCUGCAGCUGGUGCGCAAGUUCGCCCACUCGCUGCUGCAGUGCCUGGACGCGCUGCACAGGAGCCACAUUAUCCACUGCGACCUGAAGCCCGAGAACGUGCUGCUCAAACAGCAGGGCCGCUCGGGCAUCAAGGUCAUCGACUUCGGCUCCUCGUGCUUCGAGCACCAGCGCGUGUACACCUACAUCCAGUCGCGCUUCUACCGGGCGCCCGAGGUUAUCCUCGGCGCCAAGUACGGCAUGCCCAUCGACAUGUGGAGCCUAGGUUGCAUCCUAGCCGAGCUACUGACGGGAUACCCGCUCUUGCCGGGCGAGGACGAGGCCGAUCAGUUGGCCUGCAUCAUGGAGCUGCUCGGCCCGCCGCCUCAGAAGCUGCUGGACCAGGCCAAGCGGGCCAAGAACUUCAUCAGCUCCAAGGGCUACCCGCGCUACUGCACCGUCACCACGCUACCGGACGGCGCCGUCGUGCUAGGCGCUGGCCGGUCGCGGCGCGGAAAGCUGCGCGGACCGCCGGGUUCCAAGGACUGGUCGACCGCUCUGAAAGGUUGCGACGAUCCUUUGUUCGUGGACUUCCUGAAGCGGUGCCUCGAGUGGGACCCCGCGACUCGCAUGACGCCCGCGGCUGCACUGCGGCACGCCUGGCUACGCCGGCGGCUACCGCGGACGCCGCAGACCACGGCGUCGGACUCGACGACCCAGCGCUCCUCGGUUUCCUCGUCGAGGUCGGUGAUCGCGUCGAAGGCGACCCGACUGGGAGACGAGCUCGCGAGUACGCUCAAACUGCCGCAGAUUGGCAAUCCCGUGUCGUGAUGGUGAUCCCGUGCGCGGAAUUUUUUUUUUUUCUCUCCCCUCCCUCCGGCUACGAACCCGACCCCUCCAUCGUGUUACGUCAAAUUGAGAGACCCAUGGCUCCACCAUUGUGUGUCAAAAAAGGAAAAAGGCCCGACGCGAGACACCAGUGCAGUGUUGGAUCUCCCGUGGGAGAGCUCGGCUCCAAUGGGCCCCCGUGCGCUUCGAAGAACUAGUGUGCUGAGCUGUGGGGUUUUCUUUCUUUCUUUUUUUUUUUUUUUUUUUGUCCGGCGGGAGCCCAUCGGUUGUGGCUGUUUCGUUUGGUGUCGUCUAGUGACUCACACCCGCGGCGGUUGGUGAUAAUGCCCGCAGACGAAGCGGCGUUAAGUAGUUGUACGUCACCUUCCCUCGUCCUGGUUCUAUGACGACAAGCAGUCACCGAGGCGACCUUUCCCACCCUGCAUCGGAUUAUACACUAUUCUACGUGUGGCGUAAAAAAAAAAACAGCGCGCGGACGAGACAGCGGCGUACAUCGUGUGUAAAUCGGCAAGUUGAAGCAACAUCCAUCCUAAUAUCCUUAACACUCCGCCACCAGCAGUGCUAUACCUCUUUUUCUCUCCUCUUCUGAGAUCGAAUGAAUUUAUUUGAUGCACGAUUUAAUUCGCCCGUCGAGGCCCGCUCGUUGUGUGGGAACAACUUUUUUUUUGUCUUGUUUCCCCUGUUGUUGACCGUUAAAGCCGGCUCCGAACAGGCGCAUAAAUUAUUAACGCAUGCCUAUACCAAAAUCUUUUCCUAUCUCAUUGUGGCGGAGUUUAUCUCUCUUUUUUUUUUACACGUUUUGCCUGCCUUGCAAAACACGUGGUUGUGCGUCGGCUCUUAUCGCGGAGUGCGCUGAAGUCCUGUUUGUCUGUACAAAAAUUUUUCGGGAUUGAGUCGGGGAUGAACGCAUUUUUUAGGAGUUCCCCGUCGAUAUAUAUAUGUGUCGACCUCGCCUGCGUUUUGACCUCAUUUGACCUCUGUGUGGCUCACUGCCGUUUUAUUUAAAUCCUUUUUUUAGCAUGUGUUUUUUUUUUUCUUUGUCCUCACUCGCACGAAAUUUCCUAGGGGGUUUGAAAAACAAAGAAGGUCUGCAGAUGCGGCACAAUUAAGGCGUGGUUGGUUAUGUCCUGAUGGUAGCAAGCGCCAGGGGGGAAAAAAACCGAGAAGCGAAAGACUUCUAAAAAAGAAAAAACGCGAUUGCCGCAGAAAAAGAAGAAAAAAAAAGCUAAAUCGAGUCCGCAGAUCUGUGAUAUUUUGUGUACGGAUGGCGCUAACGUGCUAGCCCUACUUGCGAAAAAGCCCCACAUUUUUAUUUCGCUCGGCGCGUCUUUGUUCUCAUCCUAAUGUACAGUACGUUCGUUUCGUCCGUCGUACACCUCCCCAUCUCGGGUUGGUUGGCCGCGUCGGUUGUGCGGGCACUUUUCCACUUUUUUUUUUCGUUGGUCGCGCCGCGAACCCCUCUUUCCGGUUAUAUUUGGGUUGGAGAGCGAGCGAGGAGGCGCUUGGCUACUUUUGUUCAUUUAUUCAUCUUUUCCCUUCCCUAUGCGGGGCGCUACUCCGUUGCCGCUUUGCAAAAGGAAGGUAGAAAGAAGAAAAAGACCUCGCGUCUUUGUCGCUGUAUCGGCUGUGCUUGAAAACCUAAAGGGCGCAUUGUCGCCUCGCCUUAGCGCGGUUUGCUCUGUCGAUGAUUCUUUCUCUCGGUCGCUGAGCAGCUGCUGUCCUUUCUUUAUUGCUCGGGGCAGUGGGGGGAAAAAAGAAAAAAAAAAAAAAAAUGUGAAUCACCAGAGGAGCUGGCUUCUCGUUCACGGUGAACGCAUCCGCCGCCAUGUUGGAUUCAUGCUGCUGGCAUCCCUAGUAGGACAACGCUGGGCCGAUGCGCCUUGUCGGAUCAGCGGUGCGAUUUUCUGUUUCUCCCGUCGCGUUUUCUCGGGCGCCGGUCUAUAUUCUUCCAACCCCCCCUCCGCCCAACGACGACCUGUUGUGUGAUGAGAAUCACGAGUGCCGUUGUCCGAUCAGCUUCUUAUUUAAGCGCCAUUUUGUGGUUUUCUUUCAUCUUUUUUUUUUUUCUCGUUCCCUCCUCACUUUCGUGUGCGUUGUCAGCCCAAACUCUGUAAAUGAGAAUACUCAGUUUUCUUCUUUACUUUGUUUCUCGUAAUUGUAGCGACGGCGCGGCGGCUCUCCAGCGAAAACCAAAGAAUGGUGUUAUCAGAGAAAUAGUAGCAGCAGCAACAAAUGCUCAAAACUGGACAAGAAAGUAUACCGACGAAAGAGCGGGCGCAUCGCAUCGAUUGCAAACUUCUUUGCCCUCUUUUCUUUUUUCUUUUUUUGAAUUCCGUUCCCGCGAACGUUAGCGAACGCGUCGUUUCCUCGAGGCGGCGAAACGAAGGAACUACUGCCAAUGUCCUGUGAUAAACUGCAGACUAUAUUUCUCAGCGCAGUGCGCAAUCCCCUCUUUAACAUUUACGCGCCUUGGUGGCUGUCGCUCUGACCGCGCGAUUCUGUCAUUUUUUUUUUUUUCGAAGUACAACAACGUUCCAAUGGUUGAACUGAAUGAACGAGAGGGUGUUGAUUGGGCAGUGGCUUCGGGUCGACGUCACAGAGGCUGACGAUAGCCCCGGCUCUUCAAUGUGCCAGUAGGGGUACUGGGUGUUCGUGACCUCUCCGGCCUUAGCGACGCCACCUCUGGCUUAGCAAAGCUUCUUGCUUUUUUUUUCUUUUUGUCUUCGACAAAACGACCUCGCCUACCACAAGUCUUUUUAGCGAUUGUGUGAGCUUGAACAAAGAGCAUGUGUGUCAGCAUAAACGUGGUGGUUGGCAUUUGGUCCAUCUCUUCACCCCUAGCUGAUUUUGAGGAUUCAAGUUUAAAUAGGUUGUAGCUGCCUGUGCAGAUACUUGGCGCAGGUCUAUUCGAAGUAGAUUUCGACUGCUGGUGCAGGUAGCUGAGAGCGGGGUUUUGUCAUGUCUUAUGCAGUCGUGAGUGGUGAAAUUGAAGUACACGAAACACUGAUCUUUAACACUGGGUUUCCUUUUUUUUGGCCCAACGAAUAGUUGACAAGUCAGUCUGAACUGAUGUCGGGUUCCCCUUUUGUGCCCCAAACAAUUGCGAUUAGUCAAAUCGAACUAGAUGAAAUGAUAACUGUGGUUGUGAGAUAGUGGUGCUCUUCAAGUCUUUUCUUUUUUAUUUUACUUCAACAUUUUGUGUAGAUACUCUUGGUAGAUACUCUUCUUGGUAGAUCUGACUUAGGUGGCUGUUCCAUGUUCUGAUAGUUAGUUGUAGGUCAUUGUAUGCUUGAAGCGCUGCAAGCUGCGCUUUGUUUUUUGCACAGUGACUGCUGAUUAUUUAGUAUCGCGGAUGCUUUUUCCCAGGUGGUGUUCAUGCCAAGCAUUAGAAGAGAUUGCAGUGUGAAACUUUUUUUUCUUUUUUCUUCAAAAUAAUUUCAAUGUGGUACUUUGUGUUGUUCCCUGGAAAGUCGGAUGCUGCAAUUCAUGUUUUGUUUCCUCUCUCUGUGAGAGGAAGGUAUGUCACUCUCUUUACUGUCUUGUGUGCCCACUAUUCUUUGCAUUUUUAUUUUCAGCAUCACACUUUCGGGGGACAUUUUGUAAUGGAGUGGGAGAUGAAAAGAAAGUUAGCAGUGUUUCAUGUUUAAAUUGUGUCAAGUUGUGUGAAGGUGAUGUUUUCUAGUAUAAAUUUAAAUGCAAAUAUGUGAAUUGCCCUUAGUUGUCUGUUCGUGUCAUUGGAGGUUCACUGAAUCUACACGAAAGUAAACAAGGACUGUUCAACUUAAAAGAGAAUUUGAAUUGACAGAGCUUAUCUUCAAGGUUGGCAGGUAUCAACAAAAGAAUAUCCCCUAUGUGUGGUUUCACCUGAUUGUGGAAUCUGGCCUUUCAGUUACAAAAACAUCCUGCAGCCCCCAAAGUCGAUGAUUGAGCCUGAAUUUGGCCAACGUAGCUCACAUUGCUGAACGUAGUAAGGCAAAAACAUGUUCUAGUUUACAUUGCCUUGCACACACUUCAUUUCAUUGACGUUACUUCCUGGUUGUAAGGGUAAAAUGCGGUGCUGUGGCAUGAAUCUCAUUUAUGUGCAAGCUACCGGGUCGGUUCCUUUCAGUGCCGCUCGAGUGAAGACCGUUCCUGAAUGUGCAUUCUGCGAUGCAGGUGUGUGGGUGCAGGAAGCGGUCGGUGACCGAUUGACUGUUGGCAGGCCUCCUGGCAGCUCUGAAACGGCUUGCGUGUGCGAGACCGUACGACAGACGAUGCGCGCCCCCCUUAGCUCGGGCACGAGGUUGAAGACCUCCGGUCUGUUUUUCAUUAGUCAGCUGUAGCUCUUUCAGGAACAACUCCCCGUCCCUUUUCUCCGUCGUCUCUCUGGCAUUGGAUCCAUGCCCAUUCGCGUGGUCCCUUGCUGCUUCCCGCCACAUCAGACGUGCCGCCGCUCGAAGUUUAAUUUGGAUGGCAAAGCGGUGUUGGCCGAACCGCGGUCUCUUUCGGGCGUGCGCACUCUUCCUUCCUCUGUGCGGAAGCCACCUAUGCUGCCCCACUGUCCCAUAUUGCUUCGCUGUCCGGAAAUGCUGGCAACAGUCUCCCCUUACCCUUCCGCGGUGUUUUGCCUUUUGGUGUUGGUUGUGGGGGGACGUUCGGGUCCUGGGGAUGAGGGAGGGGGGCGUUCCUUUUUAUAGCUGCGCGCAGCUUUUGUUUUUAAUUGAAGCCAGUUUUCGCUUGCGCUGGGACCACGUCUUUUCUUUGAGAUCUGUGCGUGACCUGCUCAAGUGCUUUUGCAGGUUCAACGCUGUUGAGCAGGGUGCCGCAUUACUCGCGAACAACACAUGCUUGUUGUAUGUUGUGACAUGCCAGCGUUACGCGCAUUUUGUACUGGCGUUGUACUCUCUUUCUCGUGAGCUAAGUAUACUUUGUGGCUGUGUGGAAUGGUUCUACUUUGCGAGGCUUUGUUGCGCUGUGCUGUCUCCUCAAGCUUGCAUGCUCUGGUGAGCACUGGAAGAAACUAGUUUUGGUUAGCGUGGUAGCGUUCUGUGGACAAGUGUUAUGAACCCUCUGUGAAAAUAGCCAGUCGACAAACAGUGAAAGAUUGUGUCGCACCUUUAAGCAAUGCUUUUGAAACGAGCCCUCUUUCAAUACCACAUCAUUCUGCAACUUUUCCUUUCCAAGCCUACCGUUUCUUCGUGUCUCUUAAGUCUAGUUGCUUGAUAGGUCUCUUCACGGGUAUUUUUUUCCCACGUUGUGCAUGUUAAGUACUUCUCUGGUAGCCCUCAAUAACAGACAUUGUUAAUCUGGUUUCUCUCAGUGAAUGUAGGCUAAUUUGUAGCAAUUUCUACAGCCUACACGUAGCAGACACAUAGCCUUGAAUGUGCGUGGGCCUUUGUACUGCAUGAAUGAAUUAUGUAGCCACGUCUCUCAUCAACAGCUUUUAUAAUCCACCUUCCCAUCUUUGAAGAGAAAGCAAUUGUUUCCAUCAGCUUAUGAAUGAGUGAAGGGUUGAUACACGCACUUUUUGUGUUAGAAUGGCCAACUUAUCUUUCAAAUCAUAUGUGGUGCAAACAAUUGUGCAUUGUGUUGUAGUGAGUGCUAGGGGCAGGCAAUACUACUUGCGAACGAUUCAAUGUUGGUUUAUGGGGCUAACGAUGGGAGAUUGAGCUUUAGAACAUAAAAACGCGAAAUGAAUCUCGCGUGAGCUCUUGAAAGUGUGCAUGACCUGAACGCACUUGCGCUUUGUGUUGUGGUAGGGGCUAGAAGCAGACGGCUGUUUACAAUCACUUUAUUGUCGGCAACUCUGGAAACACAGAUUUGCUUAGUAACAACAUGCAGCCGGGGCAUAUGGUUGUGAAGCGCACUAAGGCAACUACAUAUGGGCUGUCAUAUACAUACAUAUAUGCCGACAGCAUAUGGGCUGUCAGGAUGAUCCCUCUACUAUCGCAAAGUGAAUGCAGCUGUUCCCAGCAUUAAAAGCCCAACUGCAACAAAAUUCUUGACCAUGUAAAGUACCUAGUUUAAGAGAGCAUAGUGGAGCCUCGGUGCGAAAUAUCGUGUUUGAAAUGCAAGUGGAUGCAUCAUAAGAAGCUAGCAAAAUUAGAUGCUUCUAAUAACAAAACUAAAGAAGAAGAAGAAAAAAAAAAGAUUGUUGCCACUAUAGUUUGUCGCAAGUGAUGCAUGACUCGGAACCAUUAGCUCCUCAACAAGACCUCAGAGAUUAACCGGUGCCUGCAGCUGGUUGCCUGUGGAGCGCUUAAAGUCUCGAAGGCGGUGUGCUGGGACUUGCGUCAUAUCCGAUAACCACCAGGUGCACGUGUCGUAUGCUUAAGUGCUAUUUAAAGGCUAUUAAUAAGAAAAUUAGACAAUUAGCAACCCUGCAGAUUUGACAAGAUAAGCUCAACGGUACAUACUACUUGUUUGUAACCAAUUUAGCCAGAGUGAACUCGGGAUCUGGAUGGCAGGCUAAGACAGCUUAUUAGUGGACAAGAUUGUACAGGAUCGCUGAACUUACGUCUGUAAUUUUCUCUGUUAUCAUAUCUUGGUACUAACACUAUCGUUGGUGUGAUGUUACGUGUUUUAUGGUUGCUGGAGCUGCUUGUUUAUGCUCGAUGGAUCUGCAGAUGCCCGCAUGUUAGCUUUUUUGAAACGCUCGAAUGGCACGGUAAUUCCUUAGUUUUUCUUUUUUUUUCAGUAAUGUGCAAUUAACUGGCUGUCAUUAUGACAUCACGGAAGGUAUCUUUAAGAUUUGCUGGUGGCAUUGCCAGCUAGAUUUUUAAUUGCUCUGUUUUCUGUUGUUGAAGCACCUAUUCUUGAUAAAGGUGACAUAUUUGCUAUUUCUGAAAUUUAAUGAAUUCAGCUUGACUCUGUGCUUUCCUGUAAUGCCACUUAAUCUUUGUAAGGCUUAGUUUCAUCACUUUUGAUGUGGGACAUUGCUUGUGAGGUAGAAUUUUGGUUUUACGUAAUAGCAAAGGGGAGGAAGGGGUUCAAUUAUCCGUUAGGCAAAUAUGUCUUCGUUUAAUUAUCAGUUGCAUUACAUAAGUAACCACUGCUUUGUGCAACAUUAACGUCGGGUCGUGCUAUACCCGAGAGCUAUAGCAGACUGUGUGGCCACUCUGAAGCUUGCUUGAGAAUGUCUGGUCAAGGUCAAAAAGGGCACGCAGCAUCUAGUGGCACUUCAACUGCUGCCUAAUGUGAUUAAAGAACUUCGAUCAUGAGGCCUCCUUUCCAAGCACACAGACGGUUGUAGUGGCGCAAAUUCAGGAGCUUUGUAGGAUUCCGUUAGCACGGUGUAAGCUAAGCAGGCUAGUUAGAUGAAAUGUCACUUAGGCAAGCACACAUGCCAACAUACUUUUCGAACUCUUCCGUAGUCACCAGCCCUCACGCCACGAGAUACGUGCAGUCUUCAAUUCUAGCAAUUUUCAAAGAGGGUCUUGUCACGUGUGUUCCUUGAGCAGAGAUAAGAUAGCAGCAUUGCACAUUUUGUCAUCGCGCUUCUGAUGCGCCUCAUUGCGUUUCCUUUCCCUCUUUCUCUGCAUGGCUGCAGAUGUGCCGUCACACCACAUUUGCCAAGAAACCAGUGGUAUUAAACUUGGUGCAGCUUAGGUGGUCCUUGCCAGACUUGAGGGACCCUUGUUUGGCUUGCUCAAAACCCCAUCUCUGCAGCGCACGGUGGGGCAGCAUUUAAAUAGCUCUCGUUCUGCCGAGGGGGGGGGUGUCAAUGUGUGGCACCCCGGGCAGCAGCUUAGUGUUGUAUAAGUUGUCGUGCCGCCAGCACGCACCGAUCUCUCCGGGGCUGCCGUCUUCCAGGGGUUGGUUCUAUUUAGGAAAGGGUCGCACCGUGCUGUGCGACUCUGUGGCAGCUCGGGUCGCCGGAGGAUGGUUCCGCUCUUUGCCCCUGCUCUGGUGUAAUCGACGACACCGUGUUUGUUUGUUUCUUAGUGUUUUCUUUUUGUAAAUUCCGCAUUGCCUUUCCGAAGAUCCACUUCGGUUUUAUUGGCAGCUGUUCCGUUUUGUCCUUCCACCUUGAGAAGAGCUACAGAGAGACUUGAGUCGCCUGUCCUGUGGUGCCCCCGUCUGUUUGCUGCUCUGAGGUGCAUCCUUUGUCUCCAGAAGGUCGCAGUGUUUUUGUUGGCCGCGGACUUGCUCAGCACUUCUGUCUCCUGAGAGCUGUGUUGAAAGAUUGAGCAAGGGCGCUUGUCGACGCGGCUGGCUCAGCAGCUGGGCCGCCGCAUUCAGAACUGGGAAGCGGAGCAACCGGUUAGUGUCUUGCACCUGCUAACACUCAGUGUUGUGCUGUGAGCUACUUCCCUCUUUUUUUUUUGACAAAGCACUUCACUCUUGGUGGUCUUGCCAAGAGGGCGUGACAGGGUGUGGUCGGGCACUUCCUUUGUUCUUAUAUCUCUGGCACGGCUGAAGUCGUUGCUGCAGACGAGAUUGCAGUAGCUGAACUAGACUGGAAGGCUCUUUUCACCAUCCCUGCCGCAUUGGGUACUUGGUCCCCAUGGAGACCUUGGGAUUAGUGUCUUGUCUGAAAACUUUCUUUUUUGGUUUUCUCUCUCCGUGACAUGUGUUGCGCGUAAUGCAAGGUCAACUCUUGCAUCCUGUGCAGUUUUGGUCAACAUACACGCAUCUUGUGGGUGUUUGUUUACGGACACGCUUUUGCUCGUCACUUGUGUGCAUUUGUGAGCUGUCGUAGUAUCAUGAAAUGAAGGUCGCCGCAGAUGAUGCAGAUGGUGUGGGCAAUGACCAUUACAGCACAGCCGAGAAUUCAUCUUCGCAUUGCGUCGCAGUCUUACUGUUGGACUUAGAAUGGCAAUUGCUGCUACAUGCUAACGUUUGUUGGUCGGCUUCUCUUGUGAUUUGCAGGCCCAAGAUUUGUGAUGGAAUGUCUUGUGUAAAAUUUACUUGUGCAGACACUGAUGUUUGACUCAGGCCAGGCUAGCAGCCCUUCGCGGCCACAAAUUUUACUCAAGUGAAAAUCGCUGAUGGACUGGUUUAUGCACAAUUGUUGUGACAGACAUUUUGAGAGCAAGAAUGCAACAAUGCAAAUGCAUGCAUGCUAGUUAACUGUUAAUUUGGUUGCUUCGUCAAGAAAAGUUAAUGGCAUUGCCUGGUUUGUGUCUCGCUGCUCACGAUUGACCUUUAAUGUUGAAAAUUUUUCUUGCAGCAUGGUUUAAAGUGUAGCUUGCAAGAUCGAGUUAACCUAGAAUGCUGCGAUUGUGCCUACUGCCGACCUCACCCACACGAUUGCAUCAUUUGUGACGACCUGACACUUGUUAGGGACCCAUAAGUUGGUGCGUGGACCUUUCUGCAACACGCCACACGGCUGUAUGGUCUCGUGUUGAGCUGCCGCGCCCUCCGAGUUCCAUGCUCUCUGGGUGUCUGGCAUUGUUGACUUUCUGUUCCUCUAAUUGCUGUGUUCAAGUCUAUAGAUCUUGUGUAUGUCAGUGUACGGGAGGAAGACACCACACAGUAAUUGUGUGCUGGUGCUCUCCCCCUAUCUUGUGUCUUAGACUGAAGCCAUUGCACUGUGGCUUUUCACCUCGGGUGUAUUGUUCUUUUUUUUUUUGUCUAUCUCAUGUUUGGGGCUUGGGAGGAGAGGAGACGACGAUGCUCUUUUAGUCAAGUGCAGGUGUCACGUGGAUUCGUGCACCUUCAGCCAUUGGUGGCGUCAAUGUUGUCUGCCGAACCCUGUACAGAGGACGCUUCUGUGAGUGCUUAGUGAAUUGUGGAAUGUUGCGGCGUGGUGGACCGUCUCUUACUCUUUUUUUUUUUUUUUUUGCGACCUAGUGGCAGUGGAAAUAGCUUGUGUGCAUGUAAGUGAGUGGUGUGCAUUUUAGUGUGUGCGCGGUUGCUAUGUGAACUUCCAGCAUUGUACAUAUGUGGACUGGAAUUAAACAAUGUGUGAUGAACUUUUA